AUGUCAGAAGAAGAGAAAGAGCUUCUUGCCCGCAUCGGUCAACUUGCGGGUCAGAUCAACCGCCACAAGAACCAGCAAGCAGGAGUACGGCCGCAGGCAUCCCACCACCCGGCGCAUCAUCGGAGUGAGUUUACUUCACCAAACUUGACAAUUAUCAGCGUGUUGACGCCGUCAGGCAACACAUAUCGUAACGCGAGCUCGCCAUACCCGGCCCGAUCGCAUAGAGUGGCACGGCCGGCGGCGCCUCACCACCAUCGAACAUUGCAGCUCAAUGCCGCAAACACGCCGAGCUCUCGAUCUGCCAGCAGCGGCGCCGAGACCCCACCCGGCUGGGUUUCCAAGACUGACCGCCACCGACAACUGAUUAAUGCGAACGUGUACGAGAAGGAGACGCAGAACCGGGCCAAGGCCAUCGAACAGACGCGACAGCGAAAGAUCAGCGGGCAUCGGCAACGCGAAAAGGCCCAGUUUGACGAGUUCAUGAAACACAAAGCUAGUGCCUCAAAUACGCAGACUAACCCCACAGGCCGCAACGAGCUAUCUGUUGAAGGCAUUCAGUUCCGCGUCGUCGACGGUGGCAAAAAGCUUGUAAAAGUCUCUGGUGUGUACACACCCAGGACAGUCGAUGCUCCAUGUGCCUUACCUAGUGCAGAUGCCCCCAACGCAUUUUCCCGAACUCCCAAGAGCGCCGUCAUUGCUGGUGUAAAGUUUUACCGUACCAAGACAGGAAACCUAGUGGCGAAUCGAGUUGUCAACGACCAGCGGCGAAGCGGCAUGGUCAAGAAGAUCAACGAACUAUGCAAGAUCUUCUCAACGACUGGUAAUUUCUCUUUCCGAACCUGGAGCGACUCAAACGCCGUUUCCCUGGACCUACCUGGAUCCUGCUCAAAGGGCCCUCGAUGCCGUUACAUUCACGACCCCAACAAGGUGGCCCUUUGUAAAGAUUUUUUGAAAGAGGGGCGAUGCAUCAACGGCGAGUCUUGUGAUCUUUCCCAUGACAUGACUGCCGAACGCACCCCCAACUGUUUGCAUUUUGCCAAAGGCCACUGCGCCAAGGCUGACUGUCCGUAUACUCACUCCAAAGCAUCUCCAGCUGCCCCGGUCUGUAGGGACUUUGGGUUCAACGGGUACUGCAGCAAGGGGGCAGAAUGCGCUGAGCGCCACGUGUUUGAGUGCCCUGACUUUAGCAACACUGGAAGAUGUAGGGUCAAGGGAUGUAAACUGCCACACCGCGAAAGGGCAAGCGUCCUACGGAACCGGAUCAAGGCAGAGGAUGAGCCCAUGGAAGACGUUUCGAGUGACGACGAGGCAGGCGACUCUGACGACGUUGAUUCAGAUGAGGUUGCCGAGUUUAUCGACGCAGACUCGGACUGUGAGGACUUUGAGGCCCAGAAGGACUUUUUGUCCAUCUAGACGACCAAGUUGAGGCAUGCAGCGCAUGUUUCGAGAUUUUCACAGACAGAGAACGGAUCAACCGGCUCUGAUUUGUUGCUUCAUCCAGCAUGGGAAAGUUGGGAAGGAGUUUUGGCAUCCAUGUGUUUGAGAUACCCGUAACGCACUCGCAUCCAUUCGGCAUAGCUGAGGGACAUGAAGGCCAUGCAAAGGCAUGAACGAAGAACAAGAUCCGAAAGAUGAGAAGAAGUUGUUUUUGAAAAAGAGGAAUAUCUCACUUUGUAAAAAAAGAAGAAAUAAUGAAAAAGUUUUGUAAAGA